CUGUAGCUUCCGAUAGUGCAGGCGUCUGAUAGUGUUGAUCAAACAAAACUCCCCGUUUCACUCAUCAAGAUUAAAUCCAUUAUUUGAAUUGUCACUGGCUUCUGGAUCCAUUGAAAUCGAUUGUUCAUUGAUUGCGAUCAUAGACCGUUCGUUAUAUUCCUCCGAAGAUAAAAAAAGUUAUUGCCGAAGCCCGCGAUAUUGAGCCGGCCACACCCGUGUCAUCCACAGAGUCCAAUAUUUGGAAAUUGUGUCAACAUGUCACAGUACAAACUAACGUACUUUAAUGUGAUGGGCUUGGGCGAGCCUAUACGAUUCCUCCUGAGCUACGGUGGUGAUGAGUUUGAAGAUAUUCGUGUCAUGGAUCGGGAGAACGAAUGGCCUAGAAUAAAGCCAACUACACCAUUUGGUCAAUUGCCGGUCUUGGAGAUAGAUGGCAAACCCUUCUCUCAGACAUUACCAAUUUGUAGAUAUCUCGCUAAACGGUUGAAUUUAAUUGGAAAGACCGAUCUGGAUUCAUUGGAGAUUGAUGCUGUUGCGGCUGCUCUCCAUGACUUGAGAAAACAGGUCGCUAUGUUCUAUCGUGAAGAAGAUCCUGUGCUUAGGGAAAAGAAGAGGGAACAAACUGUUAAGAAUGUUGUUCCGUUUUAUUUGGAUAAAUUAGAAGAACGUGCGAAGAGUAAUGGUGGUUAUUUCCGUGGUGGCGAGUUGAGUUAUGCUGACAUUUUCUUCACUGCCAUUCACGAUUCUCUGGCAAAUGCCUGCAGCAUUGACAUCACAGAGGGUAGACCUCAUCUCAGGGCCAUCAGAGAUAAGGUUUUGAAUAUUCCCAGCAUCAAGAAGUGGGUGGAUAAACGACCCAAGUUGGAAUUUUAAACUGAAAAUAAUUGACAUUGGUGAACGGAGAGUUGAAUGUUUUUCAAUUCAAAGGAGUCUAGGCUGUUUGAGAGCAAUUUCUCUUUUUUUCUCACAAUUUCCGAUUGUAUUUAAUUAUCAUUCAAAUUAUUGAUGAAAUCUAGGUGGUAAUUCUG